UCUGCGCCCAACCACGCGCAACGCUCGCGCCCUGCAGCGCCACGCUCACGAACGACAUACGUGCACCCGGCGUAAGUACUGAGCCAGCCGCUAUAGACGCACAAAUCAAAUCCGGCGUCCACCGCGUGCUUCGGCCGAAGCUUUGGUAGCUUUGCUUCUCAUGACGGCAAGGCAAAUUUCGCCUACAUCCUACUCAUGCAUCCCUCCGGCGGGUAAAAAGAAAUUGAUGACUUCCCCCGCAGCCCCCCGGCAGGGGUGUCGUUCGACGGGGAAUUGUGCCAAUUAGCUCGCACGGAGCCUUUUGCACCGGCCGGUGGCUUGCCGGGUAGCUAAAAGGGCGUCGGGAAAAAUCGUCCCCACGCCCAGGGAAAGCCCCAAGCGCGCGGAGCGGCCGUACUGUCAUUGCUUGUCAUUCGCAGCAUCACAGUCGAAUUUUAACGGUCAGUGCGUAAGCAUCGGCGUGUUCUGAGUGAGUCUCUCUCUCCACGAGCAGCAAAAAAAAGCAGAAACACACACACAGGUACACAGACACACAUACACAGCUUGCCACAGUACAGUACACAGCCCAGCGCAGCAACCGCAGCGGGCAACGAGAGAGAGAAAGAGAGAGAGAGGAAACGAGAAGACCGCAGCAGGAAAGGGCAGAGCGGGACAGCAACAGCGAGGAACGCACAUCAUUCCGCGUGCAGGCAACGGACUCCUUGACAGCGGCAGUCAGUUUGCAAGCGCCAGUGAACCCGAUCAGACCAGACCCAGUCGAGACCAGGCCCAGUCAGUCGUCGUCGUCGUCGUCGUCAGUAACGCUCUCCCGGUCCCGGAACAAGUUACAAGCUUUGCCAGAGAAGAGCCCCCAGAGCAUUCCGUCUCUGUGUGUGUGUGAUUGUGUGUUUGUGUGUCCCCCAAAGGAGAAGAAGCCAACGCACGACGCCCCAGCUACUACUACUACUACUACGACCACAGCGCAGCAUCCAUCUACUAGCUCCGGCCUCGCGCAAACAGCAAAAAAAAACAACCAAAAGCAAGCAAAAAUGAGUUCCGCAGACAAAAACAGUGAAGUUGAGGUGGAGAAUGUUGCCGCCGCCGAGGAGAAGGCAGAGACCAAGGAGGUGAAAGGAGUCAAGCGGCCCGCCGACGAAAAAACCGCCGAAACGAAAAAAGUAAAGAAAGACGAAAACGGUGCCGGCGAGGAAGAGGAAGAAGUGGAAGACGAGGGAGAGGAGCUGGAGGGUGAGGAUGAGGAGUACGACCUUCCAUACGGCGAUGAGGAGGACAUCGAAGCAGAAGAUGAGGAAGAGGAGGAGGGUGAUGAUGUCGAGGGAGAGGAGGAGGACGAGGACGCGUAAUGAAUGAAAGUGCAUAUGUGAGAGUGAGACUAACAAAAAACAAAAAAACAAAAUAACUCUAGUAAUAGGUGAUUUAUUAUUUUGAAUUUGCGUUAGUGGAGCUGCAAGGUAGAAGAAGAAGAAGAAGAAGUAUAUGCAUCGAUGAAAACGAUUGUAAAGUUUGUUUGUGUAUAUAUUUUAUAAAAAAUGAAGAAGAAGAAAACCAACUAAAAACGCGAACUCACACACAUAUACAGUACCCACACACAUACUACAAGGACGACACACACUAUGGACAGAUAUAUUGGAUAGAGGAGAGUAAAAGGGAGAGGAGGCCCGUAGCUACUGAAACGGCAGGCGGCGCAAACAGAGACCGACAAAGAGAUAGAGAGCGAUAGAGCGAGAGAGCGUUAGAAAUAACACAAAUAAUACUACUAUCGGUGGGUGGUAGGCGAAAAACACCUCCCGCGCAGCUCCCAACACCCACCCAUCACCACCGAACUUUCCAUCCUUCGUGCAGUAGUCAAGCACACUCGCGCGAAGCACAGUGUGGUAAGUGGAGGAGAGAUAGAGAAAGCGCAUUACAAAUCAACCACUACUCACUCACAAAUCAAUAGAGAGAAGUCAGAUCGAAAAUAUCUCAUCGUUGCAAAAUGUGCAUGAUGAAGUUAUGCGUACGCGCCGCCAUACACUCAGAAGACGACGACACGCCGCCUCUGGAUGUGUCCUCCUUCCGGACCCGCUCGCCCACGCCGUCCCAGCGCCACACGGGAAAAAGGAUCCGUAUCCGAGCUGCUGAAAUUUCGCAACGAGCAUCCGCUGCCGCCGCCGCCACGCUACUACAAUCGCCUAAGAGAGAAAGAGAGUUUGCCUCCUUCAAGCGGCAAACACACGCGCGCACACCUGCAGCAUGAAAGGGCUCCGGCAAUGGCGGCAGGCGGUGGUGUGUAGUACAGCCGACAGUAGCAGCAGCAUAGCCAACGAGGAUAUAAGUAGCCGACGACGAGAGCGAGAGCGAGAGACAGCGCGCGCGUGCAUUCAACAUGUGCGAGACAGAGAGGUCAGAUCAUCUUAAGAUUUUCACGGUUCGUAGCAAUUUUGUGUCGUCUAAGCGCAAUCCAAGCAAGCCGCCCCAACCUUUACACACCUACUACAAAGCGCGCGCAGGUCACAUGCACCCAACCGAGAAGGUCACUUCGGCUCAUCCUCUCACCACCAGCACGGUGUGUGAGAGGAGAGGAAGGGGAGGCGGCGCAUGCACCGACUCCACUACUGUGUGUGUGUGUGUGUGUUCUACCAAACAUACAGACAUAGACACGCGGUGUGUGUGUGUCUCGUCAAGGUGCGUGAGGGCGGAAAGAGGAGGGGGUACAACAUUAGUCAUUAAUGAAAUGGGUUAAAAAGUACAUUUAACGUUGCAUAGGACAGCCGCUGACAACCACCACCACCACCCCCACGAUUGUUGGCGUGGGGGUGUGAAGGGAAGUGGCGCGCGUAGUAAGGAAGAAGCUGCUGUGUGUAGUGGGUCACGAAGAGAGGAAGAGGAGCAACAUAGAACCAGCAUAACAACAGCAUUAUUACUAUGAUGAGACACAUUCACACAAACACACACAAGACUAGGCAAACAAACAAACAGCCAAACAAGAGUUAUAAGUAAAAGGUGCACGCAAGACGCGCGAUGGUGGUGGUAUGUAAGACUUGUGAUGGAUCUCAUCUCAAUUAAGAUUCGUGUAAUCGGACUAUUAGCAGGGAAGUAGAGAAAGAGAGCAAGGUGUUAGUGUAGCGGCGGGAGCCUUCGGUACCGUGCAAUCGCCGCUCACACGCCCACCACCUACUCUACCACACCACCCACAGAACUCCAUUUCUCACAAGUGUCUACCCUUGCACACACACACACACGCAUCCUAUUGACGUAUAUUACGACAAGAAGCAUAAGGUACCGCGACUAAUAAAAUGACUAAAGGGGGGAGAGAGAGAGAGUUAAUGAUAAUAAAACAAAACAAACCAAGGAUCUAACCUCUGAUCCCUGACCGCGUGGACUACUCAUUCACUUUAGCAGCAGAACGACCGGACCAGUAAGGGAAGGACAAACGCGGACCGGUAGACUCACACGGGACGGACGGACGGACGGACUAACGAGGACGAGUGGACAAUCAGACGAACGGAGCUAAACGGUAGAAGGGAAAAGGAAAAUCGACGUUAUAAUUGCAAAUAGAGAAAGUAAAUAGAAGGAAAAGGUAGUAGUUCUUUUUGCAUGCGGCAACACCAUGCAAACACACACACACAAUAAACCGGAAACAGAAUGUAGAUCGCAUUGAGCAACAGUUAUUAACCGGAAAGGAAGCGAGGUAGAGGGAGAGAGGGAGGGAGCAAGAGAGGAGAACUCUAGUAAUAGCCAGGAGAAAUGAGUCACAAACCGUGUUUCAACGGAAACUCAUACACUUACACAACCACACAUACACACACACACCCAUAAACAAGCGCGUUCUUAACGCGGCGGGAAUAUGAUGAAGUUCUUUUUGGUUAUUUUAGGUUUUUUUAACAUUUGUUUUCCUUUUACAAAUGAUAAUAGUAGAAGAAGAAAGUAACAAAGAAGAAGUGUAUCCCCUUCAUUUCCAAAAAGCAAACACAAGAAAGUAAUAUUUCCUCCAAGUGUGGUUGAAAGCGGGUUGAAAGGAGGAGAGUGGUGUGGUGGUGAUGAUGCGGUGCAGCAGCAUGUUGAACGUACGCGAAUAGUUUUAGAGCGUGGUGACCAGCAGCACCCGCCUACUGCUUUUCUGUUUCCCAUGCCCUGCUACGCUACAUCAUCACCACACACACACACAACAUACACAUACCACCCGAACGCCUGAUUGUGACCACAAAAGCAACAACAGCAAACAAAAAAAGAAAGGAUUAUACCCCUCCAGCAAAAAACGCAAAAAAAAAACAAAAACAAAACUAAACAACUAUCUUUUAAUUAAAUGUUUUCGGACAGAAAAUACUAUGAUUAUGGUAAAUAACGUUUAAGGUCGUUUCGUGGCGAAAUUCGUCAUGGGAGAUGCGAAAAAUAAAGAAAAACAAAAAACACUGACACACA